AUGAGUGGGAUACGGAACAAUAACAAAACUGCUGCAGUUUAUCUCCCAGAGGUAUAUGAAGAAGGGGAUUAUCGAAGAGUUAGAUUUGUUGGACGACAAAAGGAGGUGAACAAGAAUUUUGCAAUUGAUUUGAUAGCAGAGCAGCCUGUGAGUGAAGUUGAAAGCAGAGUGAUAUCAUGCGAUGGUGGUGGUGGAGCUUUGGGACAUCCUAAAGUAUACAUAAACUUGGACAAAGAGACAAAGACCGGAACAUGUGGCUACUGUGGACUUCAGUUUAAACAGAAACAUCACUGA